CCGGCAUAAAAUCCCCAGAAAGGACCGUGUCUCAUCAGUUUGAGUGCAUCCGCUGACGAUUUAACUGCCGAUUUAAACUUUCAUCCAGGAUCUACAGAAAGUUGGCGAGAAGGGAUGAAGUUUAAGUUAACUGGAUGGAUUUGGCUGCUCACUGCGGCCAGAUUUUUUGCUUUUGGAUAUGGACCAAGUCCUAGAGAAUAUUCUGAUCGGAAAAUUAAAAAGGAUCAAUGCUGGAAUUACGGAAAGAACAAAUCUGUGUUAAACGCACAUGUUUUCAAUUUUGACGAUGAUAAUUUGAGCUUUGAAAACUGCGGCAAGUGGGACCAAAAGAAUUACGAUGAGAUCCCUCCGUGGGUGGUUCGCUUUGACAAAACCGGUUGUGAUGCUAUAAUUCUGUCAGAUCAAACGAUCAUGAUGACAGAGUAUUGUAGUGAUGAGGCAGCAAGAUUAAGAAUGUUAGAAGAUCAAAGAACGGAACCCGUUUUUUUUGGCGGUGAAUGUAUUAACCAGGACAAAAAAUUUUGCUUCAAAAAACGAGGCUUGCUGAGUCUAAAGGUGCAUCAUGAUCAAAGUUUUAACAAAAUUGUAGGAUUGAAAAUUGGCUCUUAUUACGUCAACCACAUACUUCUGUUGAGAGUAGAAAAACUGAGGUUCACGCCGAGUUUGCAGCCUGUUUGCUUGUGGAAUCAAGACAACCAGAACGACGCGCAGGAAAACUUUUUUUAUUAUAAUGGCACGAUGAAUAUACAUGAUAAUAUAUUGCCUGAGGAUAGUUGUUAUCAAAGUGAUGUAGUACGUCAAGAUGAUUGUGACCUUUACGGGAACUCAAUAAGCACAUCUAAAAGACGUGAGGCAGUGCAAAAUCGUGGUUAUUUAUUCAUUAAUCGAAACGGCCGCUUCUAUUUACGUGGAAUUAAUAACAUUUUUUCUGAACACACUUUAAAAAAUUGGCUCGACCUUCUCCCUGUCAUGAGACAAAUUGUUUCUAAUACGGCCGACCUGGCAGUCAUGCCUGAAAUUUCCAAGUUGCAAGAGUGGAUAGAUUUCGGCCAAAACCAGAGUUUCCCGAACUGCGGGUACCAAGAAAGACGUCGGCGCGACAAAAGGGAUGACGACAAGAACGCACACACCCAUUUCAUUUUGGGGGGUCAGGAUGCGGACAGUGGACAAUUCCCCUGGCACGCCAGCCUUUCAUUCAUCUGGAACACAUAUGAACUUGUCGACUUUUGCGGAGCGACGCUCAUUUCGAGAAAGACGCUGAUCACUGCUGCUCACUGUCUUUUUCAUACUUCUGGAUUGCCAAGGGAAGCUUCUGCGUUGGAAGUGACGCUUGGGAUGCGCCAAAUUUCUAAAGAUGAGGAAUUCCGGCAGAUAAGAAGGGCUUCGAAAGUGAUAGUGCAUCCUGGUUAUAAUCACCGGAACGAUUUUGGGGACGACAUCGCUUUGAUAAUUCUGGCUGAAAAUGUCCAAGUCACUGCAAAAGUGCGGCCGAUUUGUCUAUGGAAUUCAAACUACGACCUCAACAAAAUCGCCAACGGAACGGGCACGGUGGUCGGGUGGGGCCGCACGUCUGACGACACGCUCCCGGAUACUCUGCAAAGAGCAGAUUUGAAAAUCGUCUCAUACCAAGAGUGUUAUCAGAGCAGCAGACUCUUCAUGUCUGAAAAUUUGCAUCCCCGUGAAAACUUCUGCGCCGGUUAUCCUCACAACCAAACGGGAGCUUGCAAAGGAGACAGCGGUGGCGGUUUGUACAUUCGUGAAUCUGGUCGCUACUUUCUGCGCGGCGUCGUCAGCUCAGGAAUAAAGAAAUUGGAAAUAAACAAAGAAGAAUUCAUCGCUUGCGAUCCAAAUUCUUACUCGCUGUUCACAGACGUGACCAAUUAUAUGCAAUGGAUCGUAGACAAGAAAAUCGACUGAAGAGCGUCAAAAUAUCAUAACAUUUACUUUUUGAUUACAAUGGGGAAAAAUUUAAUAUAAUAAUCUUCAAUUUCAUUAAUUACAAUAAAAUUUGCUUUUGGUUUGA